AUGCGGCAGGGCGGGGAUGGCGCUGGGAACGGUGGGCGGUACUGGGGACGGAGUGGGGCGGCACUGGGAUCAACCGGGCGGCGCUGGGCUUGCUGCAAAACGGCACCGCGGGCACCGGGCGGUGGUGGGAGCGGCACCGGGAGCACUGGGCGCUACUGGGGGCGGCGCGGGGGCCGGACAGAGGCGGGCUCGCGGGAGGCUCCGGGGGCAGCCCCGGGGCGGCGGGCGCUGCGGCAGCGCUGUAACGGGAGCACCGGGAGCCCCGAAAGCGCCGGGACGGCCCCGGGAACGGCGGCGGCGGCGGCCCCGGGAGGGCGGAGCGGGGCAUGGCGGGGCUGGGGGGGGCUGCGGGCGGGCGGCACCGGCUGCGUUCCGGCCACCAAGGUGGAGCUGACGGUGUCCUGCAGGCAGCUCCUGGACAAGGACACCUUCUCCAAAUCUGACCCACUGUGCGUCCUCUACACCCAGGGACCGGACACCAAGCAGUGGCGGGAGUUUGGCCGCACGGAGGUCAUCGACAACUCCUUGAACCCCGACUUCGUGCGCAAGUUUGUGCUCGAUUAUUUCUUCGAGGAGAAGCAGAAUCUGCGCUUCGACCUGUACGAUGUGGACUCCAAAAGCCCCGACCUCUCCAAGCACGACUUCUUGGGCCAGGCCUUCUGCACACUGGGUGAAAUCGUGGGCUCAUCCGGCAGCCGCCUGGAGAAGCCACUGACGUGA